ACGUUACUGCCGAGCGACGGUGUCACGGGCCCCGGAGUGAGCUUGGGGGUGAUGAAUGGGCCCGUGGCAGCAUUGGACUUUGAGCUGAGUUCGCAGGCCGCCGACGCAGUCAGAGGACCCGACGAGGGCUGGCACUCUGGGCUCCUCCUGCCCUUCCCUCCCCCGCCUCAGGGCCAAGGCACAUAUCAUUGCGCGUGGCGAGUGGCACUGCACGUGGCUCUUUCUCUCGUGGGAGGUGCCUGGAAACAGUCGUGGAGAUCCUGCCUCGCUGGGAGAUAGAUAAGCGAUUUGUAAAGCCUAAGAUGAGUUCAAAGCCUUCAUCAUGUUUUGGCCGUAGAUGAACAGAGUAAUGACUCGUAACAAAGUGUUUUGUAGAGUAGGGGAGAAAGAGAUGUCAGGAUGCCACUUGGGUGUUUGUUCAAGAGGGAAAAAUCAAACAGCAUGAGUGACAAAGAAAAGCGGGCCAAGCUGGGCCUGAAGGUCGUGAUGGCCCAGCAAAAUCCGGAGCCUGUUUAUGACCUUAGUGAUUGUGCUAUGGUUGAACUUCCACCAGAUACCUUUGUCAUGUGCAAGUUGUUGCAGAAAACUAGCCUUAUUUUGAAUAACAAUUUAAUGACAACCUUUGAGAAAGGAGGAAAGCUUCAUGAGCUUGAAGCUAUAGAAUACUUAGACCUCAGCAACAAUAAGUUGUCUCAUCUUCCAGAUGAUAUUCAUAAACUAAAAAAACUUAAAGUCUUAAAGCUAGGUACCAAUAAACUCAAACACUUACCAUCUUCAAUGGCAGAUUUGUCAAGGUUACAAGAACUGGAUUUGUCCACUAAUAAGUUUUCCAAAGUGCCUACAAGUGUAUGUGCCUUGCCCAGACUGAAAGUUCUCACCUUAACUGGGAAUAGUAUUUCUGUACUGCCAAAAGAAUUCUGUGAGCUUCAGAAAAGCUUAUGUACACUUGAGCUUGACACUGACAAGCUACAGACACCACCUCCAGAAACAGUAAAUGAAGGUGUUGAAGCUGUCAUGCGUUUUCUGUGUGAAAAAUCUGGUAUUGAAUACCAAGGGCUUAGUGAAGAGCUUGAUGACAGCACAUCUGAAUCUACCUCACCUCCAGUAUCUGCUGGAUUAGAGCCUGCAGAGAAUCAAGAAAUGCUUGACUACUUUAGAAAAAAGGCGGAACUAGUAAAAGCACAACUAGCUGCUGAGGAAGCAUUCCAAGUUCAAGAACAAAAACAACUUGCACAGAUUUUAAAGGACACAAAUACUAAUAAGCAGCAACUUUUAGAAGAACUGUCACAAUCACCAGCAGAACUCCAGGAUUAUGAACGCAAGAAAUUGGCCUUGCUGCAAGACCAAUGUAACAUUGAAGAGAAAAUGCGUAGUGAACAGGCUGAGCAGCUGGAGAAAUAUUUAGCCUCAUCAAAUGACAAGGAAGCCUUGAUUAGUAACCUGUCAGCUCAGCAGGCUGAUAUAGAUCAAGAAGUGGAAGGUCUCGUUAGUGCAAAAGAGAGAGAGCGCCAUCGUCUGUUAAAGGACCUUACAUCCUCAGAACAAGAAACCGCAGCAGCUGUCCAAGAGCUCCUUACUGCUACUGCAUCUCGUAGAAAUGAAGAUUUCCUGAUCCUGUUGCAACAACAAGAACAAGAAAUGCAGUCAUUACUUUCAGGUAUAGCAGAGGCAGCGGCUGAGCUCCGACGCUCGGAGGUAGUUGCUGCAAUGAAGGCAGCUCUUGUAGAAGAAGCAGUUGCAGAGCAGAGAAGACUGGCAGUGCAAAAGGAACAGGGAAAUCGUAUUUGUAGCCUGCUUGAGGAGAAUGAUCUCGUCAAUGAUCAUAUUGAAGGAGUCAUAUCCACACGAAUGGCUGACCAGGAAGUUUGGGUGUCAACUCUGCUGGAGGAUGAAGAAUGUCAAGCAGCGGCAUUUAAAUUGCUGUUACUGAAGAGUGAUCUAAAGAGAAAUAACAUCUUGAGACAGAUUGGACAAGUUGAAUAUGAACUUGCUCGGCUCUCCUCACUCGAGGUACGCAAGAAGAAGUUCGGUGUCAAAUAUGGAUCCAAUACCAUGUUAGAUCAGAGAGCAACAUUAGCUGGUCUUCUCAAAUCGCUGUUAUCAGAGAAGAAGGAACGAGAAAAUCAGCUAAUAGAAUGGUUUGGUCGUGUUGGGGACAUGAGGUCUUCCGAUACAAAUGAAGAUGAUUUCUGGUUAGUGCAGUACCAGCGUCUUUUGGCCAUGAAGCCAGCAGGGUUAGCAGAAGCGGAAGAGCAACUUGAACCAAAGGUUCGAGCUGUCCUUCAGGGUGCUCACGCUGCAGAUCUCAUUCCAGUCUUUGCCCGUCAUAAGAUUACUUAUGCCGACUUACUCAACAUGACUGAGGAAGAUGCAGCUGCAAUGGGAAUAGGCCCUGCUACAUAUCACAGUUUGCAGCGUGCUCUGCAGAUCCACUUGGCAGCAUCAAAGUUGGGACCACAGAAACCAUCAGCUCCUUCUGAAGAGGACAUGCCGUAUGAGCCAUCUGCACCAGAGGUAGAAUCUGAUGAAGAUGCCCCUUCAGCCCCUGCACUAGAAGACCUUGGUGAAGGAGCAUCAGCCCCUCCACUAGAAGAUCAGUAUGUGGAGGCGGAAUGUGUGAUUUGUCUUGAUUCUGGCUGUGAGGUUGUGUUUCUGCCCUGUGGCCAUGUGUGUGCCUGUAGUAAAUGCUGCACAACUAUUGCAGUUUGUCCAAUGUGCAGGUCACCUGUUAUCAGCAAGAUUUUGCUUACGUAUUAGGUGUUUACAAAUUCUAUUAAUCUUUAACUAACCCUUUCAUGAUUUCUUGUAGUGAAGCACAGACAUUUUAGAGCAUUUACCCUUGUGGAAUUACGGAAAUUGUUUUCAUGUUACAUUUUGCUUUACCUGUGAAUUAUAUACUAUAUGAAUUUAAAGAAGAUAUUGACUGAAUUUCAGAUAUCUUACCAAGGAUCAUAUGUAACAAAAAUUACAUCAAAGAAAGCUUUGUUUUCAUUACAUUUUUGAAAACAUACAAAGUGAAAAUUAACAGUACAGUUGUGAUUUGUUCCAAAAAUUCAAAAAACCUAAAGCAUCUUCUGUGUUUGACUCUGUGUUUGUACUUAUUAAGAUAUCAAAAUCAAUUACCUUUCAGAGUUGCUUGUUUAUUCUGAAAACACACACACACACACACACACACACACACACACACACACACACACACACACACACACACACACACACACACACACACACACACACACUCACAUUUAUAGUGUAUUUAUAUUCAUACAUGCACAUACAUUAAAAAUCAUAUUCACAGUCAUGCACGGAUGUAUGUGGGUAUAUAUAUUUAAUGACAGAUUGUUCUCUAUGAGAAUGUACCUCAAAUUUCUGAUUGUCAGCCAGAUGUUGGAUUGAACAUACAGUGCAAAACCAACUUUCUCUUGUGAUGAUGUUGCUUGUCCUUCUCUCCUCUUGAAAUUUAGAAUUGCCGUAGUAACCCUAUCUGGCAACGUCUGUGUAGGAGUUUUGAAUUUAGUAGGAGCCAGUUUUUACUAUUGUCACUGUUCAAGGUUAGGACGUACAAUUUUUCCACAUUCUAGUGUAUGUAUGUAAUUUUUCAUGAUAGGUGGCAGAGUUAGUAGAAGAAAGGAUUUCAUGUCCAGUUAAUGUAGGAGAAACUUAAAAGAUAUUUGUGUUCAUUUUUUGUAUAGAUAUUGGAUCAAAAAUAUUAUGCAUAGAAAUUGAUAUUUAUUUGAUUUUUUAGGUGUAGUGAAAGAUUUUUUUUCCCCUAUAUUUGAGUAACUGCAAGUAAAUGAUGAUAAAUAGUCAUAGGAUAUUUUGUUUCUUUUCUUUUUUUUUUUUUUUUUUUUUUCUUUUUUUUUUUUUUUUUUUUUGUAUAUAUUUUCAGUUAGAAAAAAAUACUUUCAUGUUACAUUUUAGGGUUUUAAUGGACAUGAAAUUUAUACAGUUACAAUGCAAUAUGAAUUGGCUAAAGUGUUCCACUGUUAUAUUUAGAAUGCUGUCUUUGUUAGGACUUUUCUUUAGCACCAUAAAAACAGUGGAUAAAGGGACCGUCCCAAAAAGUGGGCGGAAAAGGAGUAGUAGAGAUAUGAAAAAUAGUCCUACUGAUUUACUUUAAUUUACAUGUUAUUUGAUGUUUAUAAUUUUGGUAAGGAGCUCUUCUGUUUAUGGAGAACUUCUGUUUAUUCAUUUAUUUUUUAUAUAUGUCCCAAACUACUAUUCUCAACUUACGUAAUGUAUAUGAUGAAAAAUAAUCGGUAUAAAUGUUAUUGAUAUCCAAAGAUAAAAAUUUGAUUUAUUUUCCUCAAAAGUAAAAUCUAAAUAAAAUAAAAAAUCCCCCUUGUUAUUUUCUGCACAUUUUUGCAGAAAUUAGAUUGAAAGAAAUAUUGCAAAUAUUGUAUAGAGGCUCAAAAAUUGUGGUUAAAAGAUCAUUUUUUUCAGUAUUUCAGUUUUUAUAAUUUUUCACAACUGAAAAUUUAUUUUCUAAUAACCAUAGAAACUGCACUCAUUUCUCUUUCAAAUGCAUUUUUUUGCACGAAGAUAUGCCAAUUGGUUGCCAAGUAAUAUAAAAAAGAGUUGACCCCUGUGGGAAGGGGCUAAAUCCUAACAACUGUUGUAUAAAUGCAGGAACUCUUUGUCUCAAACUACUUAUGUGUGUUUACUUACAUGUACAUGUGUUUGCAUUUGUGCCUGUAUGGAUUUACAUGUAUACAUAUGUGUAUACAUAUGCUUAUGUAUACACAUAUGUGAACAUGUGUACUUGUGUGUGUAAAUGUGAGUACAUGUGUAUGUGAACAUAUACAUGUGUACAUGUGAGUAUAUAAAUGCAUACAUAUGUAUAUGCAUAUAUGUGUGUAUUUACAUGUAUACAUGUUACAUGUAUGCCUGUGUAAAUGAGUACAUUUAUGUACAUGCUUAUCCAAGAAGUCAUGUAUAACAUACAUUUCUGGUCCUUAGUGCAUUUAUGUUUGAGUGUCUGUACUUGAAAACGUGUUCACAAGUGUGUACAUGUGCAUUUUUUGGUAAUAUCACUUUCCUAUAUAUUGUACACAUUAAAGUCAACUUGUCUCUGCCUCUUUAUUUAUCUAUUUAUUUUUCUUAUUGUUGUUUAUUUCAUUGUAAAUCAGUUGCAUUAAAAGGAAUCUAUUAUAAAAAGACACUUCUGCUGCCUGUGAUAUGUUUCAGUAGGUAAUGUUAAAAGGCAAUGCUUUAUUUUGUGCUAAUAAAUACACCAUCUGUUGUUUGGUUUGGAGCUAUACCCUUGUUAUGGUGGCCAGUUUCUUACUUUUGGGACGUAAGAAUCAACUGGGAAAAUCUUCCCUUGUGUAACACCUCAAAACUGGUUAUAACUCUUCCCCCACCUGGACCCUGGGAGUGGUCCCAUUAAGUGCAAUCGGUUUUCAAAACUAAGUAUGAUCAGUCAUGUUCUCUUUGUGUUUUGUCGUAAUGUAUAUUGUAUAUGACUUUAUUAUUAUCAUUUUUUGAAAAAAAUAUAUACAAUAUGGUUAUCAUACUGUCACAGGAUAAUGCAAUGGUUAAAUGGUAUUUGAAGUAAAAUAUGAAGACUGGGCAGAAAUAACCUGUGGGUCUCUGAGGGCGGGGUGGUGCUCAAUUUGCUGUGUAAUAGAUUGGUUGAAAAGACAUGCCUCAUGUCAGGUAGACGAAGUGGCAAUCCUUAAUAAUCCUCCAUCAGGAUGACUAGAUACCAGUGAUGGAUCUAUUAGAGAACUAUUUGCUUAGUGAGUUUUUACUGUCUGUUUUAUUAUUAUUGUUAAUGUAAUAUAAAUUGAGUGUAACAGUGUGUCUGCAGUGAUUUUGCUGGCGUUGCAAAGAUUGACAUCAAAAUAGGGUUUAAAGCUAUCCUUUAGAGAUAGAUUUUAAUAGGAUCUGUCUCCUAAAUCAUUAGUAAGAAAUUCAAAAGGUGCUUUUGACUUUCAUUAAGAUGAAAAGAGUAUUCAGUUAUUUAGAUUUGCCAUUAUUGUUCAAAAGUGUGAAGGAAAAUCAUUCAAAAAUCUCUAAUGGCAUUUAGCAGGUUGAAUAUAUCAUGGUCACUUCCUUAGUAUUAGUACAAAUGCAUCAUAUAUCUGAUUUAGGCAGUGAAUGCCAGAUUGAUUUAUCAGUAUUCUGGAAUAUUGUUUUGUUUGCCUAUGUUUUAUGGCAGAGGUAUUAAUAGAACAUGAGGUUAUAUUGAUUUGUAGGAACAAGCUCAUGUUAAGUUUUUGUAGAGCUUAUGUGAGAAUCAUGAAAGUUUAAAAGCCAAACAUAAUGAACAUAAAGAGGGAAUCUUCCUAAUAUUCAUGAUGAAAAAAACCCUGCAAAUUAUAUGUGAUCUCUUUUGUUUCUUUACAUUGAUCUGGUUCUUUUUUAAAAUAACAGUGCUAGUGUGUAAAGCUGUACAGUUUAUAUUUGUGAUUUCAGAGAAGUGUCAUAGUAGCUGAUAUGAUAAGCUAUGUUAGUUUUGUACUCUUUACUCACAGAGCAACUGAAAAUGAAAAUUUGCCAGAGCAUUUUGUUAAUUUUCUAAAGAUAUACUUUAUUCAAAAUAGUCCAUUUAUUAUUCCCUAUUAUAGUUCCUUUUCAUUUCCUUUUUGUUCCGGUCUCUGUCCGUUCCCCCUGUGUUCCUGUUAUUUUCUUUUUACUUAUGCUCUCCCAACCCCUUCAUACUCUACCAUACCUCACUGUCUAUGUGUGAAUAUUUGUUAUAUAUAUUGAAUUAUAUUACUGAUAUUCAAAAUGUAAAUCUUUCAUAUAUGAACAGUAUAUGAAAAGUAUAUAAGUUGUUUUAUCUUGUUAGAGGAAAAUAUUUAGUUGUGUCAACAAUAGUGUUAUAUUCUUGGUGUAAUAUCCAUACUUGUGAUUUGUGAUAUUUGCAUAUAAAGGCCCUGAUAGCAAGGGUUAUACAACAAAAGUUUUGUUUUGUGAUUUUCAAGGCUUGAAAUCAUUUUUACAUCUGAUAAAGUGAGACAGAACAAAGUUAUUACAAACUUAAGGAGUUAUUUACCCAGACUGGAGAGCAUUUGUUUUAAGAAUUUGUAUUGUGCUUGUUUCAUUGUGAUUACCUAAAAUUUAGGUCAACAUGGUUGGUGUAUUUGUUAAAUAGCAAAUUAAUAUUUACUUAUA